AUGGCCUGUCCAAGAUUACUAAGUGACAGUGAUUUAUGUAGAUUCCGCACCAAAUCAUGUCGUAGAUCAAAACAGCUUGGUUGUGACUUUGGUAUUACUCGCUGUCAAUACUCACAUAACGUUUAUUGGCCAAGAAGAUGUCCAUUUUAUCUAUCUAAUGCCAAUACAAUUCGUUAUAUUCCAGUACUAUGUCCAGAUAUUACAAUAAAAGAUGAUGAAAGCUCAAUAUCACGUUGUACAAGGGGUGGAGGUUGUCCAUUUGCUCAUUCAUAUGAGGAAAUAAAUUAUCAUCCAUUAAUGUAUAAGACAAGAAUAUGUGAACAAUUUCAAAGAGGAGAUUGUACAACAUAUUACUGUCACUUAAUACAUGGUUUAGCAGAAAGAAGAGAGACAAAAAUUUAUAUAUUGCCAUAUACACAAAAUAUUGAUGUUCCAGAUUAUCCAGGAGUAAUUAUAGCAAGUAAGAUUGAUAAACAGCAAUCUGGAAAAAGUAGUAUUUCUAUGUUCCUAUCUAAAGAUAAUAUUGAUAAUCAUAAAUCUUUCAAUAGAAAAUGGAGUGAACGAAUACUUGAUGAGGAUAGUAAAGGGCAGUGUGAAUUUCUGAAUGAAAAGGAAAAUAUUAGUUGUGAAGAUAAGGACUCGAAUUUAAUAAAUGUUAUUAGAGCUUUGGUUAUGGAUGAUGAUAAGGGUAAUGGAUCUAUUAAUACUGAACAAUUAUUAUCUAAGGAUUUGGAUAAUACAAAAACAUCAAGAUUAGGUUACAACUCUGAUAGUAAAUUUAGGGAUAGUGAGAAUUUUUCAUCCAAAGUUCCUAAUCAAUAUUUUAAUGAUGAGAAUAAUAAUAGUAGUAAUUUUUUUACUAGAAGAUAA